AUGUCUGACGACCGGAAUAAGAUCUCGCUCCGUAGUGGUCCUAAGAGGAAAGGGGGUCGCCCAACUAUAAGUGCGCCUAAGCAGAUCUCGAAUCCAAUCCCCAGCGAUGGCCCUUCAGUGCCCAGGAAUCCGGAGGGUAGAUCCAUAGCCGCCGCUGGCCCUCCACCACCCCGUCAGCGAGCACCACCUCAGACAGGAGGAAAGACUGGUGAUCUGGUCAAACGACGCUAUUCUACCCGCUUCAACAACCUCCCCUCCGACUACGAUGCGACUAAACCCCCUGUGCCUUCGCUUCCCAGCUUCGAUAUAUCCAAAUAUGACCAGCCGGCUCCAAGAUCACGACCGCCUCCGUCAAGGGGUGGAGGUUCGCCCAUGCCUCCACCUGGCGGCACCGCACCGACCGUGGACCCCAAGGUCCUUCGCGAUCCAAGGCUGGUUCCUGACAAGUAUGUCGCUGACAUCCUCAGCGAGGCCACCGAGGACGAGAUCAGGGAAUACGAAUCUGCGCUACGGAAGCUGAAGACCAGGGCCUCGACGGAUCUGCAGCAGAACGUUUACCAGAACCGGACACAAUUUAUCAAGAUUAGCAAGGAGGCCGAAAAGCUCAAGAACGAGAUGCGUUCUCUUCGCAAUCUGUUCAAGGAGCUCGAGGCGAACACUACCGCGCUCAGAGCUGCGUCGGGUAAUCACAGUACACCCGGAGACUUUUCGACGAGCCUAAGCAAGAGAGAUAAGAGAAGCUCGGUUGCGGAUCGAACAGCGCUUUGGAACUCGCAAAUGCAGGCACUAUAUAAGAAUGUCGAGGGAUCGCAGAAGUUUCUGCCAAACUCUAUGGGCCGACACGUCGUUCAGAAUGCGGGACCGUGGAUCGAACUCGAUAACGCGACGUACAAGUCAAGGCGAUCUAUGCAACUUUUCCUCCUGAACGACCAUCUUCUGAUCGCUUCACGUAAGAAGCGGAAGAUGGAUAACCCUAAUGAUACGCGCGGGCCUGCCACCAAAAUGGUGGCAGAUCGCUGCUGGCCGCUCCUAGAUAUUGAAGUGGUCGAUAUGGCGGCAACAUCCGAAUCAUACAGCGGACGCAACAAACUUGCUGAUGCCAUCAUGAUCAGGGGAGUCGGGCAGGAAUCUUUCAUCUAUCGGACGGAGAAACCCGAAGACACCGAGAAAUCGACCCUGCUACUUAAUAUUCGAAAGGCAGUUGAGGAGCUACGGAAGGGUUUGCAGUCGGAGAUGGAAGCAAACAACAAGGCCAAGGAGACGAUCAACUACUUUGCGUCACGGGAUCCUGGAUUACUACAAAAGACAGAGCUGCUGGAGACCCUCUCGGAUAUCAAGGACAUGAUGAUCGAAGUGGAUGGAAAGCAACAAAACCUUCGCUGGGUGGAAGGGGAGAUGGACGAGCUCGACAUUGACAUAGCACUGCAGCGUUUUGACUUGGCCGUCGACCGUGUUGAGAAACUCCAAAAAAUCGCUCGUGAGUUGAAGAACAACGCCAUCGCCCAAGACUUCAUCAACUUCAAGGUUGAUGAGAGGUGCACGAAACUAGCUGGUUUCAUCAUCAGGGAGCUAGUAGAUACCCAUGAUGCGCAGAACAAGACAAGACGAAACGUUGGCUGGCUCAACAGACUAGGUUUUGAGGAUCGGGCGCGAGAAGCAUAUCUGGAGGCUCGGUCUGACUUGAUUCAGAAACGCUCUAGACAAUGCAUCUUCCAAGGUGAUCUCCACGUCUACAUAUGGCAGUUGUCGUUUGUCUACUUUACCAGCAUCAGAAACACGGUCAGUUGUUUCCGGAGCUGCUUCCCACAGGCGAUGAUGAGCGCCUGUGUCAAGUGGGCGAAGGAAGAAGUCGACGCGUUCAAUGUCAUUUUGGCUAGACAGCUGAGCAGUACGGAGAGAGACGGCGAAGUGUGGAAGCAGUGCAUGGAGAGAGCCAAGACGCAUGCUCAGAUGCUUGAGGAGGUGCAGCUGGACUUUAGAGAUCUAGUCGGCAAGGACAUGCCCCUGAGCACGAAUGGUAGUGGUCCCAUUGGUCUAGGCUUAAGGUAG